GUUUUAACGUAAAUAAUACCUGUGACAGCGGAAGGUUUGCGCAGUAUUUCUCCAAGAAUAGCAUGAAGGGUGCACGACGUUCCCCCCGCUGUCAAGACAAACACAGUCUUCACAAGCAUUUCCGCUUUGAGCUCUCAAAAGUAAGAUUAGAUGGAGACCCAUCAAUUAGCCGCUCACCCGAGCUUGAGUGUGUAGCGACCUGAGGAAGAAUGUCCGGGCUUCAGGUGAACAUGGAUGGUCACUUCAAGAUUUGAGCGUUGCUUUGGAACCUGUGAGACCUGCUGCCAGAUGACCGGUCCAACUCACCGCUCACCAUGAAACCUGUCAGCUAUCAGAGCAUGCCGUCCUCUGUGAAUGGUGGACAUCCAGAUCUUUCGUUGGACCAUCUCUUACGCACUUCAAAUGUGAUGCGCUGUGAGAAGUGUGGGUUCGCUACUGCAGAUGCAGUUUUGUUCAAGAAGCACGUGAUCGAGCACAUGGGGACCAGGUUUUAUUGUUUUUAUUGUAACAGCGUCUCCUUCAGUGAGGUGGAACUAAACGAGCACUUGAAGCAGCACACUUCAAAGUAUCCUUUCAAAUGCCCACACUGUGGACAGGGCUAUAUGAGGAGGCGGUGCCUGUUGAAGCACAUUGACCGUCUGCACAGUAAAAGCAUCAUCCAAGGACCUCCUAAGCCUGGGAUGACCAGAAGUUUACUAGUUCCUGUCCCCAGUGCCUUAACAAGUGCACCCACUGCUGAUGUGUCACCACUGCGACCGCUAGUUCGGGUGACGUUGCCCUCCCCAGUUGCACCUGCUGUCAUAUUGGGAAAAGAUGAGCAAAGAGGGAAGACACUGGACACAAACGUGCCAAAUGCAGCCGAUAGAAAUGAAGAGCGUGUGUCCCCUUUGAGUGGGCUGAUUCAGCACAACAGGGCUCUGACAGUUUCUUUGCCAGAGGAAGUAUCCAUCCCUGCAGGAUGCCUGGUUGAAUUAGUUGAAGUGAAAACUGUCAAUGGGACGAAAGAGCUAAAGCUGAGGCUCGUGUCUCAACAAGAGAAUGAGGCUGUGAUAAAGGACACAAAAACGGCAGUUCCCCAAAACACUACAACGGGAAAGGCAUUGUUAUCCACAUUCCGUCACCCAAACACCUUGAAGCAUAUGUCUAUGGGCACGUGCACAGUCAACAGAAAAAAGUGUGAAGCAAAAACAGGAAAUGUGGAGCAUCCUGCUGUCGCCCUGGUCAAUAAUCCUAACCAUCCUCCAAAUCUAGUGAGCAAAGAAAAGAACGUUUUGAAAAGAGCGUCUUCAGAAAUAAUCAAUUUGGAAUGUAACUCUGUAAUCCCAAACAAAAUGUCCAAAACCAUGCUCAAUCCUGUACGGGAUGUAAAUGGUGGAGUCAGACUUGCACAAAUGGCAGCCGUGAACCAUAAUGCAGCUCCCUCCCCUGUCAUCUCGGGCAGGGUUGGCAACAGAUUGACAACCCCUCUGCACCCCGGCGGCAUGGGCACAAGUGUUCAAAGAGCGCUGGAUGAGAGAAAGAACAGUACUCCAGAGAAUUCCAAGAUUAUCCCACCCCGGAUGGCAUCUGACACAAGCAAUAUUAAAGACUUGUCAGCUGCUGUGAAGCUGGAGCCGGGGGAAAACCGCCUUAAAAGCAGCAGUUCUUCAACAGCAGCCAACGUGGUGUGCUUGAACCAGCAAAGCACACCUCCCUCCAAAUCCUCCACUUUACCUGUAGCAGCAGUAUCCCAAGUGAGACCUUCAGCAAUUUCAGUAAAUAAAGACAAUGUUGAGCAUAAAGGGUUUCCUAUACCAAGGACUCUAAACAAGCCAUCACCAAUAAAUCACACAGAUUUAAAAACAUCUGCUUGGUUACAGGAAGUCAGAUCUUCUACAGAGAAGAAAAGAGCCAUGUCGGAACCUGAGAGCUUCCCGGUCAUCUCCUCCGUGUUUUCAUUAAGUGACCAGCCGGAGGGAGGUCAAGGCUCCAUUCAGCCACUGGUAAUGGCUCUGCGAGGCAUAGUGAUGGAGAAAAAACAGGGCCCCGGCAGCCCGACUCAAGGCAACAUGAAAAUGAUGAAUGGCACAGAGCAAAUGUGUGAGGCUGAAACGUCAGGCCACUGUACCCGGGUCGCCUCAAAAAACACGUCCAUUACUUCAGACGCGUUGCCCAUGGAGCCCAAGAAUCAGUCUAUGAAAGUAGAAGACGUGGAUAAAGCUGUUCAGCAUACACUGGUGGCCACCCACGAUAACAUGACUGUCAAAGAAGAAAAGAAUGACAUCAAAACACCAGACACUAAUAAAUGCAGCCACAUUCCAAAUCCCAAGUUAUGCGAAGAAUCAAAAAUUGCCUCAAGUGUAAAGGAGUCCGCAGCUUCAGAUGCUCCUCAGCCCACCGACAGAAUGGAGCAUGACAUCUCCUCCAAGUUCCUCACCAUCUGUUUGAAACGGGUCCAGGUAGGCGUGUGGCGAAAACGCAAGAAGGGGCUCAAACCUAGAAUAUCCAGAUGUAAAGCUCAGGUACCCAUGGGCGGUCUGACUGACUCUUCAGUCAUCUAUCCCAUGCCGCUGAGGGAGGACCAACCAGUUAAGCGGCCCGGACCCAACCAGCCAGUGGUGGUGCUCAAUCAUCCGAAGCCCCGGGCCUCAGUACACGUUAUGACCAUGGACACUUUUCCUGACACGGGGACCUCUGAGACUGUUCCAAAAUGUCAAAUCUUAAAAAUGAGACUGGGCAAAGUUAUGGGGCAGAAGUACGAAGUGAUGGGAUGUACUGUUGGAGUUUUUCCAUAAGGACACUUAACGUCAAUGGAUGUUGGCCUGCAUUUGUGGGAAGUAUUACAAUGGAAUUCUCUUCCAAGUCGUACACUAAACCUUGGCAAAUAUUUUCUUAAUGGAAGUAUAAUAGAAGUUAUGGGUCAGUGACAUUGUCUUAUCUGUAUUAUAUGGGGUAUCCGUGUGCAAUGCAGUCUGACUGCUAUGAACCAUAAAACAAUGACUGUCUGCUGUUGUAGAUAUCAUACAGAAAUACACAGAUGUUGGGCACUGUUUCAGAAGUUUGAGAAACCAUUAGAUCUGUCAGAGGUAUGACUGCAUGCCCUUUAUUUGAAAAAGAUGACUUUUUAAAUUAACAUCUCUAAUUUUCCUCUGGCACUUCCAUGCACUUGACAGCAUUAAUUCACCAAGAAAGUUAUUGGGGAGGACUGAUGUUAUGACACCUUGUUGGUGGUGGAGGACAGACCCACACACCAUAGUGAGCUGAAAGAUCUUGGAAAAAAAAGAACUGAUUUCUAAAAUCCUCAAAAGAGAAGAGCUCAAAUUUAAAGAAAGAAAGUUGCAUAUGUUACAGACUUCUGGAUGCGAGGGCUCCUCGGCGUCUGGAUGGAGUGUAAUAUGAGGUGUGAAGUGUCAUAGCUGUACUUUAAACUGGAGUAUUAAGGAAUGUGUUGAGUUAAAUGGUAUAUCCAUUUUUGUCGCCCUUUCUUGGUCAUUGGUUUGAACUUUAUGUGGCCAGUUGUGAAGAGGUCAAUGAAAACACUACUAUCCAUUAUUGUUAGAAGGUUUCCAACAACUGCAACAACUGUUUGCUCACUUUUGGCUCUAUUGUUGACUGAAAACACAUUUUUUUCUGUCAUUUUCGUUCUAGAAAUGGCCUAUCUCGGACAUUAACACAUGUCCGUUUGCAGAGCUUCAAAUGAAGCAUAAAAAAAUACAGUCGUUUAUUAUUUUUGUUUUACUCAUAAGAGAAAGACAUGUCUUUUUUUGUCUUUUUUUGCCUGAAGUUCCUCCAUACCUGUGGUCAUUUAUGCAUACUCUGAAUCUGUUGUAUAUUUAUCAAAAAUCUAAAUCGUCUGUCCUGAUACUUUGCAGAUCUGUUUCUCUUCUUAUGGCAGCAUAGUGACACCUGUGUGUCCGUGUGUGUUGAUAGUGUAAUCAUACUGUACAGCAUAAGGUGCUAGACCUAUGUCUACUUUAUAGGUAUUGGUUGCCAACAGUUUUUAAUGUCUUAUGUUUAUGUCACCUUGAGAAUUUAUUGUAAAUAUAGCUAUAAAUAUAAAACACCUGGUGUUCAGAGUUGGUGGUCAGUAGCCGCUAACGCGCCGGCACUCAUGCUGUGCUUUUCUUACACUGCAGUAUCUGAAGCUGCUGUGCAGUCACUUUCAUAUAUUAUUAUUUUAAAUCGGGGAGUUCUAUCUGAACAUUUUAUCAGACCUCUUAUUUACUCCUUGUUCGCUUAGUUGUCACGGUUUGGGUCGGAUGUUUUUUAUUUGAUUCCAUAAGCAGUGUUUAUCCUCAUUGUGAUUCAUGCUUUUUUAAUAACAAUUGUGUAACUCUUGUUUUUUCUAUUAAAAACAUCUCAAAUG